AUGACGGAAGUGGUGGAAACCCGACAGAAGCAGCUUGCUUUGUCUCUCUUAAAGACUCCUCACUCAAUUAAAUGCGCCAAGCAUCUCAGGUCAAUCCACGUCGUCCUUCUCCGAACUGGUCUCCACCACAGCAGUUUCGCCGUCGGGAACUUUGUUAGUUGCUGUGCAAAUUUGGGUCUCAUGUACUAUGCCACCCAACUGUUCGAUCAAAUGCCUGAACCAAACUCAUUCGUCUGGAACACCCUGAUCAGAGGAUUCCAACAGAACCAUGAACCCAAAAAAGCGAUGGAUCUUUUCGAUCGCAUGCGGAUUGAGCCUGAUGGUCCGGAUCGUUUUACUUACCCGUUUGUGGUACGGUCUUGUACCGAGUUGAUGGAGCAUCUUAGAGGGUACAUCAAAGCUGGUGAUAUCCAAAACGCAAAAGUGCUUUUCAAUCUAGCUCCUGUUAAGGAUAUCUUAAUGUACAACACGCUUCUAGGUGGCUAUGCCAGACAUGGUGAAGUCAACAUCAUGCUUGACUUUUUCCAUAGCAUGCCCACGAAAGAUUUGGUAUCAUGGAACUCGGUAAUCAGUGGGCUAGUCCGUGACAAGAGAAAUAACGAAGCCAUAACCCAUUUCCACCAAAUGCAAAGCGAAAACAUACAUCCAAAUGAAAUAACAUUAGUAACUCUUCUCUCCGCAUGUGCUCAAGUUGGAGCUUUAGAUACAGGUAGAUGGUUACAUUCAUAUAUAGAUAGAAACAACAGCAGUUCAAACCUUGUAGUGUCUACAUCUUUAGUGGAUAUGUAUUCAAAAUGUGGAGAUUUGGACAGCGCACGACAAGUGUUCGAUAAAAUGUCAAACCGAGAUGUUGUUGCAUGGAACGCCAUGAUCAUGGGCUUCUCCAUGAACGGGCAAAGCAAAACAACAUUACAAUUAUUCACCCGUAUGAAAAGGGAACAAGUCAAGCCAAACGAAAUCACAAUUCUUGGUGUUCUUUGUGCGUGUGUACAUUCAGGAUUGGUGAAAGAAGGUCAAAAGUUGUUUGAUAGUAUGGAUCAAGAACACGGGUUGGAGCCUAGAGUAGAGCAUUACGGGUGUAUGGUUGAUCUUCUUGGGAGAUCCGGUUUACUAAACGAAGCGUAUAGUUUGAUCCAAAGUAUGCGAGUCGAGCCACAUGUUGGGGUGUGGGGUGCGCUUCUUGGUGCUUGUAAGCUUCAUAAGAAUGUUGAGUUAGCCGAAACGGCUAUGAGUCAUUUGAAUGAGCUUGAACAUGAAGAUGGAGGGUAUCUUACAAUCAUGUCUAACAUAUACGCGAAUGUAGGAAGGUGGGAUGAUGUGUGUAGGGUACGUGAGUUGAUGAAAGAAAAGGGGAUUGGGAAGCUAAGAGGGUGUAGUUCGAUUGAGGUUAAUGGGGUGAUAUAUGAGUUUGGGGCUGGGGAGAAGGUUCAUGAGAGAGUGGAGGAGAUUUAUGAGAUGAUUGAUGAGAUUAGUGGUGGUUUAGGGGUGGUGGGACAUGUUGGGAGGAGGAGUGAGGUGUUUUUUGAUGUUGAAGACGAGGAGAAAGAUGAGGUUUUAAUGUAUCAUAGUGAGAAAAUGGCUGUGGCUUUUGGGCUUAUUAGUAUGGAGAAAGGGAGUGUUAUUAGGGUUGUGAAGAAUUUGAGGAUUUGUGGGGAUUGCCAUGAUGUGAUGAAGGUGAUUUCGAAAAUGUAUGAGAGGGAAAUUGUGGUGAGAGAUCGGAGUAGGUUUCAUCAUUUCAAGAAUGGUGGUUGUUCUUGUGGAGAUUAUUGGUAG